AUGUCGGAUAGAAAUUAAAAGGAAAUAGGAAAUUAUAAAUUUAGUAUAAAUUAUUGUUUAGGAUAAGGAGAGUAUGGAAAGGUGUUUUAAGGAGUUAAUAAAAUAACUAAUGAAGAUGUAGCCAUAAAAUAAAUUGAUCAAAGAAUGGUCUAAUAGGAUUAGUACAUAAAGUAAUCUUUGUAAAGAGAAAUUGAAGCCUUAAAAAAAAUAAAACACCCUAAUGUAAUUGAAUUAAAGGAUGUUUAUUAUUCUGAUAACUACAUUUACAUCAUACAAGAAUUCUGCUAGGACGGUGAGCUUAAGCAUUAUAUUUAAACUAUACAAAAAAGCAAUAUGCCAUUUGAUGAGUAUGAAAAGAUUUGUUUAGAAAUUGCCUAUUAAAUUACUCAAGGUAUGCAAACAGUUCACAGAAUGGAUAUUAUUCAUAGAGAUCUCAAACCUUAGAAUAUUUUGGUUCAUAAUAAAAAAAUUAAAAUUAUAGAUUUUGGAUUUUGUAAAAGCUUUGAUAAUUAGGCUCAUAUGAUUAAGUCAGCUGUUGGAUCUCCUUAUUACAUGUCACCAUAGAUUUUGAGUAAAAUUCCUUAUACUUACAAAACUGAUAUAUGGAGCUUUGGCAUGAUAUUUUAUGAGUUAGUUUUUAAAAAAUUGCCCUACUAUGCUAACAGUGAAGCAGAGCUGUUAGGCUAUAUUUAAAAUCAACCUAUAUAGUAUGAUCAGCUAAAAUGUGGACCUGUUUCUAAAGAAGUAUUAUAAAAGUCUUUAAUAAUAAAUGAAAAAGAUCGUGCUUCUUGGGAUGAUCUAUAUGAAAUUCUAAAUAAGUGGCACACUAACAUAAAUCAACAAUUUGAAUUUUCAAUAGAAACUAACACAUCUUUUACAACUACAAUCAGCAAUAGAAAGAGUAAUGCAAAGAAGAAUAUAUUCACAAAUAAUAAUACCAAUGGCGAUUUUUUGAAUUUUACUGUAAGCAUCCAAGCAUGCUAAGCAGAGUUAUCAUAUAUGUUUGUUAUGGGAUAGAUAAUGUUAGAGCUAUAGAAAUAGUUAAUAGAUUUGAUUGAUCCUGAACAAUACAAUAAAACUUUAAUUUCAAUUGCUUAGUCAUUAAAUGAUAGAAUGCAAAAAGUGCUUAAUAUUAUAAAAAUUAUUCCUGCAUAAGCAUUAAAAUAAGCUAAUAAUCUAUUAAUUUAACAGCAUAUAACUGACUAAAUAAAGAUAUAUCAAGAGUUUUGUGACGAAGUUAUGGUAGAAACUUCAAAAUAUAAAAUGCAGUUUGCAGAAAAUAUCUUGCCAAGCUAAAUUUCUAACAUCAUAUAAACUCUACAAAAGAACUUUAAUAUAAAAUAUUUAAAAUAAUUUGACGGAUAUAUACAAAGACAAAUACUCAGUUUUAUUGAUUACAUUACUAACUAUCUAAGGUACAAGAACAUUCCUUAUAAAGACACAUUUGCAAAAAUCAAUCCUCCUUAAAAUACAGAUGAAUAUUUUUAGUAGGCUAUUUAAAUGCUCUCUUCAUUUAAUGUUUGA